AUGGCUCCCAUGGCGGUCUCAACCGACCAUCACCAUCGGAAUACUACGAAGAAGUCGAACAAGGUAUUCAAAUCAAAACAUAUGACCAAGGGCGCCUUGAAGGAUCUCUCUAAAGGCAAAAUCGAGUUCGAGAGGGGCAGUCGCAAAACCCCCCACCAACAGCUGAUGUCGAAGAUGCAACGGCGAAACCAGGCCGAACAAAAGAAGAGACUAAAGUCUAGAGCGAAGACAGAGGCUGUCAGCAUCUUUUCUGGCCAGAAUGGCGCAUCCAGACAUGUGGCUGUUAUACCAGUCUCGGAGGGCGUGGACUUGGAUGCUGUAGUUCUACAGCUUAACCAGAGCGUCGAGGUACCGGAUAGCGAGAGUCACAGUGGAAUCUGCCGUGUGCGAAUCGACAGGUUUAAGCAGAGCGUUACAUAUAUCCCUGCUACCAGGGAUCUGAUUAGCGCGCUGGAUGUGUGUCGACUUGCCGAUUUUGUCCUCUUCGUGGUCUCCUCGGAAGAAGAAGCGCUGGAUGAGACGGCCCAGGUUUUGCUUAAAGCGGUAGAGGGCCAAGGUAUAUCGAAUAUUAUGUCUCUUGUACAGGGCCUUGAGAAAGUACCGACACCGAAGAAAAAGACACAGGUUGUUGCAUCAUUAAAAUCGUCUCUCUUACGAUACUUUCCUAGCCUCGACAAAGUUCACUCGCUCGACUCUAGACAGGACUGCUCGAAUGUUGUACGAGGACUCUGCACCGCGACUCCAAAGGGCAUACAUUGGAGGGAUGAUCGAAGCUGGAUGUUGAUCGAAAACGUCGAAUGGCCUGCAUCUGCAGCAGAGGAAACCGGUGAUGUUGUGAUUACAGGUGUUGUUCGAGGGAAAGGCCUCAAAGCGGAUCGGCUGGUACAUAUUCCAACCUGGGGAGAUUUUCAGAUAUCGAUAAUUACAAAGGUGCCUUAUACGAUACGAAAGAGGGGCGAUGCGAUGAAUAUUGAUGACGCAGUGAACGAGGAAGUUGUGGACGAGCCCACCGAGGACGCCGAGGAUUUGACUACCGUGGCUCCAGAAGAAGUCUUUAUGGCCGACGAUACCGUCUCGACGUUUGGAGCGGACAAAAAAGGUGUAUUGCUCGACGACCAUCACUACUUUUCAGAUGAAGAUGAACCUAAAGCAUAUGAAAUACCAAAAAGAAUACCCCGUGGAACGUCCAAGUACCAGGCAGCCUGGUAUCUCGACGACUUCUCCGAUUCAGGGUCCGAUCUUAUGGAUGAGGAGCACGACGAUGAUGAGGAGAUGAUGGAUAUAGAAGAAGGCCGUCCCGAGGAUGGCGUUUUCCCUGACAAUCGAGAUGCUAUGACCGAGGGCGGCGCCACUGAAUACCCACAGUCUGAGAUGUUCUUGGAUCCAUCACCAGAGGAAGAAGCAAAGCAGAUAGAAGAGUAUCGAGCUAGCCGAAAGGACGAGGCGAACGAGGACCUUGAGUUCCCGGACGAGAUCGAACUUCACCCCAACACAUUGGCAAGAGAGCGUCUAGCACGAUAUCGUGGACUAAGGAGUCUCAAGACAAGCAAAUGGGAAACAGAAGAGGACAGAGCAUAUGAGCCAGAGGACUGGCGCCGUCUACUUCAAGUACCCGACUACAAGGGAGCACGAAACCAGUGCAUCCGUGAAGCCCUUGUCGGCGGUGUGAAACCCGGAACCAAAGUGAACAUCCAUCUUCGCAGUGUUCCAUUGAAUCUCCAACAGCGCAACCCCACUCCUCUCUCCCUAUUCUCUUUGCUUCGCCAUGAACACAAGCAUGCGGUGACCAACAUUAACAUGACGCUGAACUCGACUGUGGAAACCCCCAUCAAGUCCAAGGAGGAGCUUAUCGUCCAAUGUGGUCCCCGUCGACUACUCAUCAAGCCAAUCUUCUCUUCGGCCGGGACAACCCCCAACAACGUGCACAAGUUCGAUAGAUAUAUACAUCCGGGCCGCAGUGCGGUGGCUACUUUUACCGGCCCUGUAACCUGGGGCUCUAUCCCCGUGCUAGUCUUCAGGCGCACUGCUGUGGCUGACCCAGAGGUUCUUGAAGGAAGUGACGUGAACAAAACUACACUUGGUGCCCUCGAACUUGUCGGAACAGGCACAACGAUGGCGCCAGACCAUUCUCGCGUCGUGGCCAAACGAGUCAUCUUAACCGGUCAUCCGUAUAAGAUCCACAAGAAGCUGGUCACUAUCCGAUACAUGUUCUUCAAUGCGGAAGACAUUGCCUGGUUCAAAGCUCUGCAGCUCUGGACAAGACGUGGCCGCACUGGUUAUAUCAAGGAGAGUCUUGGAACCCACGGGUACUUCAAAGCAACGUUCGAUGCAAAGAUCAACCCCCAGGAUUCUGUUGGUAUCAGUUUGUAUAAGCGCAUUUUCCCACGGACAGCGGUAGAAUGGGAUGCGCUUGAUGCGCCGCCGGGUCCCUGGCGGGCUCGAAACCGCUGGGCCGCAGCCAACAAGCUUCGGGCAUCAAACCACGGGACAGAGCCCUGCGAUUCCGCUGCAGCUUUGCUGGCCGUAUCCAUGCCGGCGCCCAGUGGGACCUUCAAUCCUCCGUCCUUUUGCUCGCAAACUCGAGGGGAAACGCUGGCCAUUCUCGAUGAGAGGCAGAAGAAGAUCGUACACCGGUCGAGGAUGACGACGGUGCUGCCCGCCCUUCGAUCGCGCGGGUUUGUCACUGCGAAGCCCUCACGAGUCGACCUGGACGAAACCCCGCCGCUGCUACCUAGGAAGACCCAAUCGCAGAGUGCUAUAACACUCUCCAACAAGGAAGUGCCGCAUUGGCUUGGGGAGAGCGAUUAUAUCCUAACCGGCUACCGUGUACCAUGCAAUUCAGUCGCCCGUUGCUUCUACAGCUGGUUUUACAUUCACAAUGAGACCGUCAACAUCUAUACACAUCUCGUCCCCGCCAUUGGCUUUGCUGCGGCAGAGGUUUUUGUUUUUCGACAUUUUGAGACGCUCUAUCCGGAAGCUGCAACGGUCGACAAGGUCGUCUUUGCGGUUUUCUUGCUUACCGCUAUGACGUGCAUGAGCUGUUCGACUCUGUUCCAUACGUUUAUGAGCCAUUCCGAGACUGUGUCCAAGGCAUGUCUGCGUGCCGAUUACCUAGGAAUCAUUGGACUGAUCUUCGGCGACAUCAUUUCUGGGACUUAUGUGGUGUUCUAUGGUGAGACGGCCUUGUGGGCGACCUACUGGGCCAUUACCUUCGUGUUCAGUGCUUUGACAUGCACUAUUCUAUUUCAUCCAAAAUUUGAGGGCCAGGAGUACCGAACUUUCCGUGCAGGGACCUUCGUAUGCACCGGGUUGUCUUCAGUAGCCCCCCUGCUACAUGCUAUAAUGCGAUACGGCCUGCAAGAAAUGAUGGAGCAUUCGGGCCUUCCGUACUACCUCCUCGAAGGUCUCUUGCACAUCAUCGGCGUUAUCUUUUACAUGAUCUUUUCUAACAUGCGAUUCACGACAUGGGGAUAUUCCCUUGUUUUCCCCUCCAAUCCAAUCCAUGUACGUGGGGUUGGAGGGGAAGGCAGGCGGAUAAAUCCCCAGCCCGAAACACAUGGGAAGGACGAUGCCACCCCUACCAAAGCCCAUAGAUAG